AUGGCUACCCCUAGUGUCCUAGCUUUUGACGCUGAGGGUCGCGCCAUUGAUUUUGAGGUCUGGUUAGACGACCUGCAGCUGUUCUUACAGUGCGACAGGGCUGACGACCUUUCUCUCUUUGAUCUCACCUCUGGCGCCUCUCCUGCUCCUGCUGCUGAUGCUGAUCCCGCUGUCCGCUCUAAGUGGGCCACCCGCGAUGCUGCUGCACGUCUUGCUGUGCGUCGCCACCUCCCUACCUCUGAGCGUGCGCACUUCAGUCAGUACAAGAGUGCUCAGACCUUGUACGACGCUGUAGUUGCGCGCUACUCCUCCCCUGCCACUGCUGCACUGAGCCGUCUCAUGCUUCCCUACCUCUUUCCUGACCUCUCUGCCUUUCCCACUGUCGCUGACCUCAUUACGCACCUCCGCACUAGUGACACUCGCUACCGCGCCGCCCUUCCUGCUGAGUUCUGCGCUAAGAACCCCCCCCCCAUGUACAUCGCUCUCUACUACGUAGUCGCGCGCCUCCCUGACUCCCUUCGAGUCGUCAGGGACCACUUUCUCGCAGUCUGUCCCACCACCCUCACCGUCGACCUCCUCGAGAAGGCCCUCCUCGCAGCGGAGAAGAGCAUAGUCGCUGUAGGUGCUUCUCGUGGUGACCCUCGCACCCCCAUCUUUGAGGGGUGCUCUCCUUCCCCCUUGCUGCCCUCUAUUGCCUCUGCUGCUGCUGCCGACCUGCUUGGUCUUGAGUCGGUCGGCGCGGCGUCUGCCCCUAGUGGGAGACGUCGCUCCAGCAAGGGCAAGGGGGGCAAGGGCGCGGGUGGAGCUGGAGGGGGCGGUGGCGGUGGCGGCGGUGGCGGCGGAGGGAGUGGGGGUGGCGGCGGGACUAGUGGCGGGGGUGGUGGUGGUGGUGGCAGCAGCGGCGGAGACGGUGGUGGUGGUGCCAGCGGUGGUGGUGGAGGCAGCGGCGGAGGUGGAGGCGGCGGAGGUGGAGGCGGUGGAGGCGGCAGCGGAGGAGGCAGUGGUGGUGGAGGGGGUGGAGCUGGUCGGGGUGGUACCCAGCAGCGUAGCGGCGGUGGUGGUGGCCAGCGCUCGCAGCGGCAGCAGCAGCAGCGCUCUCGGGACAUCCCUUCGCCUCAGCAGCUUCGUGAGUGGUACGCUGGGCGUCAGAGGGGUGGGGGUACUGGUCCCUGCACCUACGUUCUUCGUUCCGGCGACCGCGCGGGGGCUGGUGUAGCGAUCUUUGAUCUUGAUUUUGAUGCUAUCCUUACUGCUAUGUAUGUUGUGGAUUAUAGUGAGGAGAAUGAGGGUUACCGCUGUUUCCAGCCCGACCCGGGCAUUGGUACUGCUGCGCUAGGUGCUUGUGAGGCUGCUGCUCUAGGUGCCAGUGCGUCUGCGCUCUCAGGUACUGGUGAGACUGCGCUCUCAGGUACUGAGUCGUCCUCGUCCUCCCUCACUUUCACACUUGACUCCGGAGCUUCUCGCUCCUUCUUUCGAGACCGCACUACCCUUACGCCGCUCGGCCGGCCGGUUGCAGUCUCCCUUGCUGACCCCUCUGGGGGUUCUGUCCUGUCUCACUUCUCCACUGUCCUCCCGUGUCCGGCUGCCCCUUCGGGCACCCUGUCGGGUCUGUACCUUCCCUCGUUCUCUACGAACUUGGUGAGUGGAGCGGACCUGCAGGAUGUGGGUGUUCACCAGUUCACUCCUACGAGUCAGCGGGUGACCCACUGCACGGAGACACGCACAGGCCGACACCUGGCCACGUUCUCGCGUCGGCCGGGGUCGAGUCUCUACACCCUGACCGUUGAGUCUCCUCCUGUCCCUGCGUCUGGUCAGGUGGCUGCGUCGGGUCAGGUACUUGCUGCUGCGUCCCGGUCAGGUCCUGAGUCUGCCCCCUGUUCUUGUCGCCUCCUGUCUCACGAGACUCUCCUGUGGCACCACCAUCUUGGCCACCCCUCGUUGCCCCGUCUUCGGAGCAUGGCUUCCCGAGUCCUUGUCUCUGGUCUUCCCCAGUCUCUCCCUCCUCUCCCCUCCGGGCCAGGACCUUCCUGUGUCCCCUGUGUCGAGGGUCGCCUCCGGGCUACUCCUCACUCCUCCCACUUCCCCCCGACAGAGGCUCCCCUGCAGACGCUUCACAUGGAUGUGUGGGGCCCAGCCCCCGUCCGUGGGUAG